AUGAUUGAUGAUAAUGAUCUGGGUUUCUUUGCCAAUUUUCUCGGUGUUUUCAUCUUUGUGCUGGUGAUAGCAUACCACUAUGUCGUGGCUGACCCAAAGUAUGAAGGAAACUAGGAAAGUUUUGAGGUUGAAGAUGUAAUUUUAUAUUUUUGUAGAAUGAGAUGCUUUGCAAAUGGAAUUCAAUGUGAUAGAAUUAUGAACUUCAGUUUGAGAACAUUGAUGCUAGUUUGCUACUAAAACUUUUAUAAAUAUCGAUCAAGUACAACUAUUUUUGUUUUACUUGCGUGCAUGGUAGUAAAAAUCCUGAUUUCAAUUGUAAAAUCUUACGAUUUUGUAAUUAUGCUCAGCAGAUAUGAGUAUGCAUAAUCUUUUUGGUGGAAUCA